UAUUUACCACUGUCUCUCCUCGGAUUGCUGCUUCCUGCGGCAGCAGGAGGAUUUCGUUUAUCUCUUUCUUGUCUUCAUCAACUUUCUGAUACAUUGACAACGAAAAAGGCCGACACUUUGUCUAUUUACUGAACGCAAUCGAUCAAUCUGUUGGGAUUUUAUCAACACCAAAGAAUUUAAAAACAAAACAUGGCAUCUAAAUUUUAUGCCCAGGAGGGUGAUAGUUCAACCGAUGAAGAUUUUACUGACAUUGAAGAGGAUGAUGUUUCUGAUCGUGGCGAAGAACCUGCUGCAACAGCUGGAAAUAGGUAUCUUGCUGAUGGGAAUGCUAGUGAUAGUGAUGAUUCAAAUGGGCAGAGACGUGUUGUUAGAUCUGCUAAAGACAAGCGUUUUGAGGAGAUGUCAUCUACUGUUUAUCAGAUGAAAAACGCCAUGAAAAUUAAUGAUUGGGUCAGUCUGCAAGAGAGUUUUGAUAAGAUUAAUAAGCAGCUUGAGAAGGUGAUGAGGGUUAUGGGGUCGGUGAAGAUUCCGAAUCUUUAUCUUAAGGCUCUUGUUAUGUUGGAGGAUUUUCUUAACCAAGCUAUGGCUAACAAGGAAUCGAAAAAGAAGAUGAGUACCAGCAAUGCUAAGGCUUUGAAUUCCAUGAAGCAGAAGCUGAAAAAGAAUAAUAAACAGUAUGAGGAUUUGAUAAAUAAGCUUAGGGAGAUUUCUGAAUCCGAAGAUGAAGAGGAGGAGGGGGGAGUUGAUGAUGAAGAAUCUGAUUUUGAGGAGGAGGAUCCGGCAAAGGUUGCAGAGGUGUCAGGGGAUGAAGACGAGGAAGAAGAAGGUGAAGAGGAGCAUCGAGAUUCUGAAGCUCCUUGGGAAAAGAUGAUGAGCAAGAAAGAUAAAAUAAUGGAUAAACAGUUCAUGAAGGACCCAAGUGAGAUCACUUGGGAUAUUGUUAACAAGAAGUUCAAAGAAAUUGUGUCUGCACGCGGCAGGAAGGGAACUGGAAAGAUUGAACUGGUUGAACAACUAACCUUCCUGACCAGGGUAGCUAAAACCCCUGCUCAAAAGCUCGAGAUAUUUAUUGGUGUUGUUUCUGCACAAUUUGAUGUUAAUCCAGGUCUUAAUGGUCACAUGCCGAUAAAUGUGUGGAAAAAGUGUGUCCAAAAUAUGCGUGUAAUCCUGGACAUCCUUGUCCAGAAUCUCAAUAUAGCUGUUGAUGAUGUUGUAGAACCAGAAGAGGGUGAAACAAGAAAAGGACCCGACUUCAAUGGAACAAUUAGGGUUUGGGGGAACUUGGCAGCUUUUGUGGAAAGAAUAGAUGUUGAAUUCUUCAAGAGCCUACAGUCAACUGAUCCUCACACUCGCGAAUACAUCGAGAGGCUUCAAGAUGAGCCUCUGUUUUUAGUUCUUGCUGAAAACGUCCAGGAAUACCUUGAGCGCGUAGGCGAUCACAAAUCUGCAGCGAAAGUAGCACUUAAACGAGUUGAGCUAAUAUAUUAUAAACCUCACGAGGUAUACAAUGCAAUGAGAAAGUUAGUUGAAAUGGAAGAAACUGUAGAUAAUGACACAGGAGAGGAAAUUAAGGCUCCACCUCCUUUUGUGACUACUCUUGAGGUAGUGCCCCAAAAACCCACCUUCCCAGAGAACAGCAGGACAAUGAUGAAUAUUCUGCUUUCCCUUAUUUACAAAUUUGGUGAUGAGAGGACUAAGGUUCGUGCAAUGCUUUGUGACAUAUACCAUCAUGCUAUCAACGGCGAAUUCUCGAUUGCACGUGACUUGUUGUUGAUGUGUCACUUGCAGGAUAAUGUUCAGCAAAUGGACAUCUCAACACAGAUUUUUUUCAAUAGGGCUAUGGCUCAACUAGGUCUGUGUGCAUUUAGGAUGGGUUUGAUUUCGGAAGGACAUGGUUGCCUUUCAGAGCUCUAUGCUGGUGGUAGGGUAAAAGAGUUGUUGGCACAAGGUGUAUCCCAAAACCGAUAUUACGAAAAGACUCCUGAACAGGAACGUCUAGAAAGGAGAAGGCAGAUGCCAUACCACAUGCACAUAAAUCUAGAGCUUCUAGAAUCCGUCCAUCUAAUCUGUGCUAUGCUUCUAGAAGUUCCAAACAUGGCAUCAAACACCCACGACACCAAACACAGAGUCAUAAGCAAGACAUUCCGCCGUUUGCUGGAAGUCAGUGAAAGGCAAACUUUCACUGGACCACCUGAAACCGUCAGAGACCAUGUAAUGUCCACUACAAGAGCUCUUACUAAGGGAGACUUCCAAACCGCAUUCAAUAUCAUCAAAUCACUCGAUAUCUGGAAGCUUCUCAAGAAUGGAGAAACCAUACUGGAGAUGCUUCGAUCCAGGAUCAAGGAAGAGGCUCUUCGGACUUACUUGUUUAAGUACUCGUCCGGCUAUGAUUCCAUUACCAUGGAGCAAAUUGCAAACAUGUUUGAUCUUUCGGAAGCGAAAGCUCUGAGCAUUGUGAGCAAGAUGAUGGUUAAUGAAGAGGUUCAUGCUAGUCUUGACCAGCCCAGUCAGUGUUUGGUGAUGCACGAGGUUCAGUACACAAAGUUGCAGGCUCUUUUGUUUCAGUUGACGGAGAAUGUGUCGGUUAUUGUUGAAAGUAACGAGAGGGCGGUUGAGGCUAGGUUUGGUGGCGGCGGUUUGGAGUCAUUGUCGCAGAAACGUAGAGGAGAUGGUCAGGACUAUGCAAGGAUGGACAAUUUAUCUUUCUUUCAAGGAAAUGGGCGAGGAAUGGGCCGUGGUCGGGUUCAGGGCUGUGGUUAUCAGAAUUCUAGAUACCAACAAGGAAGGGGAGGUUAUCAAGGUGGUGGCUACUCAAGGGGGGGAUCACAGUUGGAUGCAUCGGCUCGAAUGGUCAGUCUCAAUCGUGGUGUGCGAGCUUAGAUCGAGAGUGAGAAAAGUAAGUUUUCUUUUCUUUUCAUUUUUGUAAAGAUUCAUUCAGCCUUAAGCUGCAAUUGUUUUUGGGAUGUGUUGUUUGAAAAAUUCAUAGGAUUUUACUUUAUAACAGUUUUGCUUGGAGCAUUUUUCGAGCUUAAAGAAUAAUCAAUAGUUUGUCUUGUUUCUAAAGUCAACAAUUAUGUAAUGCUAAAAUCAAGUCAUGUAUUCAAUCUGGAA